AUGUCCGGCCAAUCUCACAGAAACACGCAUCCCGAGGCCAGCUCUAGCCGGGAGGAAGCACCAGACGAGGUUAUGGUACGGAAGUUGACGAAUGAGCAGAUCAAGGAGAACGCCUUAGUCAGCCCAAAUCAAGCCUUAUCACCCCAAUGGUUGCCCGCGAGCCAGAAGAAGCCCAGUGGCAAAGAAUUGGAGAAACCGACCACGGCGAGUCCUACAGGAAUGAUCGGCACGAAGCGCAGAUGA